AACGGGUACAGGCGUGCAUACUCGAUUGUGAUUGGUUGAUACUGGUGCAAAGAAAAUUUGUGUACUUAAGCUCGCCUGUACUUUGACUUCCCGCGUUUGUUUAAUCAUCCUUGUGUAAUAGUGGUUGAUUGGCUUAAUCUGUGACAAGUUCGCUUUACGUCCGCUCGGUGAAAUUCAUUACUUAUUUAUGAUUGGCUGAGAUUCUUCAUUGGAUUGGAAUGCAUCGCACUGAAGCACGCCAUUAAUGUCUAUUUCUCAAUUGAGCUUGCAUGGUCAUACGAAUUAUCAGGUGUUUAUAGUUCUGCUCGGUGCGUGCACGUGUCUCUGUAAAAUGUUUAUUAUGCUAGGUGAAAAAGUACCAUUCAAAAUGGCCGUAAUAUCGUUCAAGCAACUCCUACCGGGCAUGUUGAUUUUCUUUAGUUUCUUGAAAAUGUGUUCGUCAGCAGUGGAGAAUUGUGAACAAGGAGAGUUCUUCAGCAAUUUCUUUGGGGUGUGCUUUCCAUGCUCAGAGUUCUGCCCAGGCGCAGAAGAGUGCCUAACAUCAUGUCCUAAUACGCUUACUGAAUCGGACGUUUCGUCACCGGCGUUAACAUUGGCUGUUAACACGACCCCUCAACCACAGUCCAGUGAGACAGUCCUACCUUCUACCAAUUCAGUUCAACAAUCCAGUAACUCAAAGGCAACACCAGGAAUGGACAUCACUUUCCCAAAGAGAGGCAAAGAACAUAACGAACUUCCUUUCUGGCUUGUUCUAGGUAUCUUCAUUAUUCUAACUGUCUUGAGUAUUUUACUCUACUUUUGUCUACGUUAUCAUAAGGCAAUGAAGAUGCCGGAAUUGUGCUGCUUCCGGUCUUCUAGUAGGUCAGCUGAUAUAGAUAUAGAGCUAGGUGAAAUGACCAUUACGACCAACCCCUUGGACAUGUUGGACUUAGUCCAGCAAUCCAACCCUGACGAGAAUGGCCUUGUCCAAGUGCAUUACGUGGAUGAAGCAGGACCCUCAAGACAAAGCCUUAUUUCCACAGAAGGUACUCAAGAGGUUGGCACUGGCUGUCCUGAGGUCCGCCCCUUCCAGUCGGCAACCGUGCAACCAUCCGGUAUAACUCCGGUACGGGAAUGCGAAACACACAGAGGAGCACGUCCAUCUGAUCAGGGGUCUCAUCAACAAUCAUCCUCCCAGAAAACUCCGGAGACCCACAGGAAAAUAACCGAUGGUACAGAUGGGGUGGUUACUAUUGGAGCCUCUUGUUUCCAUCCACCAUGCAAUAUGGUUCAAUAUAUCCAACGGAAUCACCAAUCGGAACAUGCCAAAGACGGGGACUGACAGCAUCCUAAAAUGAGAUGGCUUCUUGCGAGUUAGAAGCUGAUAGUAGCACGUCGAUGCUGAAGAUGACCACGAUGAAGACCGUGAAGAAGAAUACAAGUGUUCAGGACAUCGAUCGAAAGAAAGAAUUGUGUAAUGAAUAGCAACUAUAUAUGGUAUAUCAAUGGAUAGUGAUAAGCGAGUAAUCAAAAGAAGGAGAGCGGCAAAGUAUGCUUUUAUUAUAGAUUAUAAUGAUCAAAUGAACAGAAUCUGAACGUUUCUGUUUGGAUAGAUCUUAUGUCCUUUCCUCUGAAUGAAAUAGGGGAAUUUGGUAAUCGAAAAGGACAAUUGGUUACUGUACUAUUGCUACUUUUGAAAAAAAAAUCUGCAUUGUUGUGUUGUGCACUGAAAGUCAACACGGUGGAAAGAAUUUAUCUGACCUACGAGCUGUCAAAGUCUGCUACAUACGCCACAUUUUUUUUUGUUAAAGAAGCUGUAAGACGUUAUUAUACCAUUCAUAUUUGGGUGAGUUUUUGUGUUUUAAAUGUUCUGUGCUCUGAUGAGUAGAAAUCACAAUUAUCUACCAUUAUAACGCAACAUUACCCACAAUCAUGACAAUGUCACUUUUACACCGUCGUCAUGGUCGUAGCCGAGACGAAAUCGACCAAAUCUAGUUUCAGUUCACAUUGUUCAAGAGACGGUGUUACCCAGUGAUUACGAUUUAGAAAAGGGAGAAAGGUGUUUGUGUGUGUGUGGGGGGGGGGGGGGAUUUCAUUCAAUUCACUGAAGUUGGUAGGAGAUUUAAUUUGUAAAUUGUGUACAUAAUGUUAUUAUUGUUAUUAUACAGAGAAAUGUUUUGUAUAUUGUUGAUUUACUGUCAUCACGAAUUUCCAGUGUGAAUUUAAUAUUUUAUUACGUUUUAUUUGCUCAUUAACAUGUAUUUUCAGUGUUCCCACAUGAAAGUAAUUACUAUAUGGCAAAUUCGAAGGCAAGAUAAAUUAGUGGGCAGAAGCAGUCUGUAUGACAAUGUAAAUAAUUAUUAAUCAAGUGUGUUACAGAAUUAGUGGAAAGUAAUCCAUAACUAUGGGAUCAUCUACCAGCUGCAGCCAAGGCUGCCUCCUCUGUUGACCAGUUCAAGAAAACCAAUAAAUCCCAUCUACUGUAAAUUACUUAGAUGAAAGUGCAUUAAAUUGACUAAGCUGUUCAUUCUGAGGUGUUGAAUUAUUGUUUCAGUGGCCCAAACAUGGAGUGGUGUGUGUGUAAUGCUUUAAACCGAAAGGAAAAUGCACUAUAUCAAAAUAAAAAUGUCUAUUGGAUUGUAUAAGCUUAAUGAUUUAUCUCUACAUUACAACAAUUACAAUAUUGCUAAAAUAUAUGAAUAAAAACA